AAUUGAUUUAAAUUUCGUCAAUGAAAAAAAAUUAUAAAAUAGGAAAUAUUCAAAUCGAACAAGUGUGUUUAUUCUACAAAAUAAGAAAAACAAAGUCACAAUUGAGAAAUUGUGAAAUGAGACAAUUGUGAAAUUUAAACGAUAAUGUAAAUAUAUAUAUAUACAGAUAUAACUCAUACACAAUAAACAUAGUUUGAAUUUGAAUUAUCUUCAAGUAAUAAACGAAAGAACAAUAUCUGAACGUUGAAAUUAGCCAAGGUGAAGAAAAAUUAAUAAGACAAAAAUUGAGUGAACAAAAUGAACGUGUUAACGUAUAUAAUCGUUUGUUUGACCAUGUGUCUAACGUUAUGUCAAAGUUAUCGAAUAUUAGGAAUAUUUACGUUCCAUGGUAAAAGUCAUUUCAUCAUGUUCGAAGCAUUGAUGAAGGGUUUGGCCAAAAAGGGUCACCAAGUUGAUGUAAUAAGUACAUUCCCGUUAAAAAAGCCAGUCGAAAAUUAUACCGAUUUGGUUUCCAUACCGGUCAAAUUGAAAUUGGUUAAUAACGUUUCAUACGAGUUUAUGAAAAUGGCCCUAAGUGGUGCAAUGGCAGUAAACGCUGUGGCAAGUAUUGGUGGUAACGAUUUAUGCGAAUAUUUAGAAUUACCGGAAAUUCAAAAAAUCAUCAAGAAUCCACCCCAAAAUCCACCCUACGAUGCCGUUUUAAUCGAGAUCUUUGGUGCAUCGUGUUUUGGUAUAUUUGGUAAUAUUUUGAACGUACCAGUGAUCGGUGUUAGUUCAUCGGCACUUUAUCCAUGGGCCAAUCCAUAUAUAGCAAAUCCAGAAAAUUUAGCAUUCGUACGUAACAAUUUGUUGAGUUACGUCAAAGAAAUGAAUUUUGGUCAACGUGUUUAUAAUACAUUGCACACGUUAUUCAACAAAAUGUAUUUCAAUUAUAAAACCACCAAGUAUCAAGACGAAUUGAUUAAAAAACACGUAGGUCCUAAUAUGCCAUCUGUACGUGAAGUCGAAACCAAUAUUUCAUUGAUAUUGGUUAACACUUAUUUCUCAUUGAACGGUAUUAAACCUAAGACACCUGCACUUAUCGAAGUUGGUGGUUUGCAUGUACAAGACGACGACGAUACCGAAUUAUCUCCCGAAUUAAAGAAAUGGGCCGACGAGUGCGACAAAGAUGGUUUUAUAUACUUUUCUUUUGGUUCUAUGGUCAAUAUAGAAACAUUUCCUAAACACAUACUCGAUAUAUUUUACAAAUCUUUCGAAUAUAUAUCACCUGUUAAAAUACUUAUGAAAAUACCUAAUCCUAAAAAUUUGCCACCUGGUUUGCCGAACAACGUACGCAUAGCACCAUGGUUACCGCAAUUAAAAAUAUUAAAGCAUCCCAACAUAAGAGCAUUUAUUACUCAUGGUGGUCUUAUGGGGACGCAAGAAGCCAUAGCUUGCGGCGUUCCUAUGAUCGGAAUCCCGUUAUUCGCUGAUCAAUUUACCAAUAUCGAAAGCUACGUAGAGAAAAAUAUUGCUAUCAAAUUGGAUUACGAAACCAUGACGCAAAAUGACAUGAACGAUGCAUUGCACAAAAUCGUAUAUAAUUCAACAUACAGGAAAACGGCACGUAUAAUAGCAGAUAAAUUUAUAGACAGACCAUUGAAACCAAUUGACACUGCUAAUUAUUGGAUAGAAUAUGUUAUAAAGCAUGGAUAUAAUUCGCUUCAUUCACCAGCUUUGAAUUUAUAUUGGUGGCAAGUAGCACUUUUGGAUGUUUACGUGUUCAUAUUUGUCGUUACAUUAGUCAUUAUUUAUUUAAUAGUUCAUUUAACAUUAUUAUUAUUAAACGUGUUUUCAUCUAAUUCUAAAGUUACUCAUAAGAAAAAAGUCACGUAACGUUUUAUAUCACUUAAAUCAUUUACAACAAUAUAUAUGUUACCUUA